AGAGCCUUCACCGAUGACUUGAAGGAAAGUAGGUGUUAAGCAGUGACCUACAUUACCCAUAGUGCACCUCUGCUUAGCUCAAUAUGUUGUUCAUGGCGUCUGUUCGAGGGUUACAGACAAGUCGCCUUCUGACUUAGAGAUAAGCAGUUUGGUUUAAAGGUUCGGCGGCACCAUGGAGGUGGAGGCGGUCAGCGUGGAGGAGGAGCGGCGUCUGGUUCGGCGGAGGUUCGAGGCCGCCGUGAAGGUGAUCAAGAGUCUGGCCCCGGACGGUCCAUUCCAGCCAUCCAACGACAUGAUGUUGAAGUUCUACAGUUAUUACAAACAAGCCACUCUGGGGCCGUGCAACAUCCCCCGGCCUGGGUUCUGGGAUGCAGUUGGCAAAGCCAAAUGGGAUGCUUGGAAUUCUCUGGGAGACAUGGAGAAAGAAGAAGCCAUGUCGGCUUACGUUGAUGAGAUGAAGCUGAUCCUGGAGGGUAUGCCCAUGACCGACGAGGUGGAAGAGCUCCUAAAGGUUCUGGGACCGUUCUACGAGCUGGUGGAUGAGAAGAAGAAGAUCACACAGAUCUCCGACCUGAGCGCCGCCCGGUUGACUCGGUUUGCCAGGCAACUGGAGGGCAAGUACCCGACUGUAGCCACGGUGGUUAGAACUGGUGUUAGAGCUCAUCUGGGUUCUGCUUCAUUAGAUCGUGCUCCUGUCUGGUCCUCUGAGCUUAGAGCCCCCCCUCAAAAUUCAGCUUACAGCAUUCACAGUAUUAUCAUCGUAGCUAAUCCGAUACAUGUAUUUUUUCUUUACAUUUUUGUGAAUGUUUUUUGCUUUUCAGACAAAAAGUCUGCAGCCUCACAACCAAAGAAGAAGAGUUCGUCCCGGCGACACAAAAUCCACACCUCGGACAGUAAGCUGGCUAACGGGGGCUCACACCUGACCAAUGGGAACCACUCCCACGCCGCCCCAAACAGUGAGGACUCGGCGGGUCAGGCUCCGCUCAACGGACUCCAUGUUGACCCCAGAAGCAACAACCUGACCAGUGACUCUGACAGCGAAGUCUACUGCGACUCUGUGGACCAGUUCGGUCACGACGAGAGCCCAGAGCAUCAGCACUCUCUGGACGAGCUGGAUGACGAGGAGCUGCAGGACGAUCCGCCACAGCCCGUCAGGUGUGGUGGAGAGGAGGGGCAAGGGGGCGGGAACGUGUCGCAGACGCCCCGGCUUCACGUCGACCGGGCCGGUGGUUCUGGCAGAAGAGGGCGGGGGACCAGGUCUCCGGGGCACGCCGGCGGGCCGCUCAUGCCCACGCACAGUGGUGGGGAUGGGGACGGGGGCCGCAGGGGGGGCGCGGGAACGCCCAGCGAGAGCCUGAACGAGCAGAUUGUGGUGGCGCUGGCCAGACUGCAGGAAGACAUGCAGAAUGUUCUGGAGAGGCUGCACACGCUGGAGGCGCUCACCGCCAGCCAGGCCAGAUCGGCGGCGCUUUCGCCCACGUUUCCAUCGCCUGCGGUGAACAGGAGGAGUUCGAAACCGUCCUGGUGGCCUUUCGACAUUUCCCCGGCCAGCGUGGCUUUCGCUCUCAUCUGGCCGUUCGUGGUGCAGUGGCUCAUCCGUCUGUAUCUACAGAGGAAGAGACGACGUAUCAACUGAUGCUAGACGGCGCCGGACCCCGGCGAGCGCGGACCUUGAUGAGUCUCUGGACGGCUGCCGUCCUCCUCCUGCUUAGACUAACAGUCCAGUAAUUUGCUUUUGCACUCGGAGGGAAGUCUGCGCGGCGAGAACUGAGAGGAGCCCUCGGAGGAGAUGCACUGCAGGCGUGGAACCUGAAUGUGAAGAUUUGAAAGCUGAGAAGCUCCUCAGAUAAAUCAACUGUUUCCACUCAGCUGCCCAGAAGAUGCUGCUAUAAUAAUCCCUGUAGAAUAAUUGAAAUGUGAUGUUGAGUGUGAACGUCUGUCUAGUUCUAUGAUUUGAUAUAUAUUGCUUUUAGGGAGGGGUUCAAUGAAAAGGCUAAUUGUUUUUGUUUGUUUGUUUUAAGGCGAUAUUCUAAAGGCGAGAUGGUUUCUCAUCCGUCCUGCUUCAUUCGUGCUUCACGUCCAACUUUUCAUUUAAAAAAUAAAAGAAGUGCCUAAAAAAUCAAGAGGUACUUUGAUAUUUUUAGGAGGAACGAUCAUUUCUCCUGCUUGUAAACUGUAGCAAAGCUGGUUCCGGUUCGGACCAAGUAGAUCUUCCCCUCAGAUCUGAUUAAUCCAGAACAUUCGUCUGUCAUGAACUGUUAUUUUGAUUUCUGUGAGACUGAGUGAUGCUAAUCCUAUCAUCUGUGCACAACCUGAUUUCCUGAAGCUGUUAGGGUGCAGAAUAAAAUGCAAUAUUUUAGUUGCAUUCGUGUGUAAUAAUAAUAAUGUAGAUUAUUAACAGAUAAUGUAUUUGUACAAAUUGUUUAAUAAAGCCACACUUUAUCUUUGUAAGGAAAAGGCUUCGCUCUGCACAGGAGUGAGGCCUGCAUGUGAGAAUCCAAACAUUCAAUAAAGUUUCAAUGAAGCAUCUUAACCUUUA